CUGGAUGAUGUUGGUCCUCGUGUAAGACAUGUUGGACUGAGGAGCAGAGAGCAAAGGAUGCCUACGGCUGUCCUACAGCGAACCGAGUAAAGAUGAUCAAUAACAUCAGGGUCAACACGCUUAGUGGAUCGGCUACGUAUCGUCUCUCCGCAAGUGGUCACAACUACGCGAAUACACAUUCAUGUCCAUCUGCACCAAUACACUUCAAGACAGAGGCCCGUGUCUUUAAAUGAGAUCAUUGACAAUAGAGUCACACCAGCCACAGUGAGACGUCAAGUUGGUCACGUGGUUCCCCGUUGUAGCCGACACAGACCUGCACGGGAUUGUGAGUUGUGAGCAAAUGUGUUCAGGGAUCGUGUUGUGGACCGUGGCACAGAGCCGGGCUGAAGACUUCCCUUUGUGGGGACAUCUGGUGGGACAGACACGCGGUAUGCCUCCGUUUGGAUUGGACUAAUGACGUUUCUCAGCUGGCAUCCGCACUGCUGUCAACGAUCGUUUUUUUCUCGUCGUGCGAAACACCGGUAUUGGAAUUGUAGAAACCAGCCUUCUCGCAACCUUUGACUCCAAACAAGACCCAGACAACAACAUACUACAAACCAAUCACAUGCCCCCCUGUCUUCACCGCGGAAACAAGUGACCAAUCUUAGACUUUAGUGCUCCAGCGAAGCGUGCCAGCGGACCAAUCGGCGGUCUGUCUGGGUCUGCUGGGGAAACAAACAGCCAAUCAGCGGUCUGUCUAGCCGUCACGGAGCGUGUGUUAGACCAACGAGUAGUGCGUCUGGCUGCACCGGGGGGGGUGAACGCGUGCCGAGGCCCAAUCAGCAGCUCAGUGCUGCCUACCGGUGCCGGGGACUGGUGGUGAAGAGGCGCUAAAGAACCGGACCGUGAACCCGGAGACGGUACACACCGAGGCGGGAAGGAGACCCAGGAUGGAGCGCAUGUCUGAGGAGGCGCUGAGGCUCAACCUGCUGAAGCGAGGCCUGGAGUCGCCCAGUGAGCGAGAGGAAGCGCUGGCCAAGCGCCUCAAGAUGGAAGGCCAUGAGGCCAUGGAGCGCCUCAAGAUGCUGGCUUUACUGAAACGCAAGGACCUGGCAGACCUGGCAGCCCUGGAGGUGGCGGGGCCCAUGGGAGAAGGGAAGGGCCCCGGAGCCAGCACCCUCCACCACCAAAGCCUAAUGGGUGCCGCAUACGAGGAGAAGCUGAAUGGGGGUCUCAGGCUGGGAGGCCACGCUAGCCACGUUGGACCCAGUAAGAACGGGAAGGAAAACAUGCUGGAUGAGCCUGUGGAUAUGAGUGCUGGGAGAAGAUGUGAAGCGGACCAUGACAGACGAACUCCGUCUCCAGACGUCAUCAUUCUGUCGGACAACGAGGCGUCCAGUCCCAGAACGACACCCCGCCCUGAGGAGCGCCUGCACCACGCCAACCUGGACCUGUUCAAGGGGAAGACGGGAGAAGAGAGGCAGCAGAUGAUCAAAGCUCUGAGGGAGGAGCUGCGUCUGGAGGAGGCUCGCCUCGUUCUGCUUAAGAAGCUCCGACAGAGCCAGAUGCAGAAGGAGAACGUGGUGCAGAAGGUCCCAGUGGUUCAGAACGCUGCCUCCUCUGUGCAGCCUACUCCCAGCCACAGCUCUCCUGGCCUGGGGAAGCUGCCUGUGAGACCGGGCCUGCACAACCCUGAGGCCCAGAACCUCCGCAAUGCACAGGGUCACACGGUCAUCAGGUCCGCAGCCAACGCCAGUCUGCCCCCUAUGCUGAUGUCACAGCGAGUGAUUGCCCCGAACCCCUCCCAGCUGCAGGGGCAAAGGCUCUCCUCUAAGCCCGGGAUGUCCCGCUCUGGCUCCAGCAGCAUGGGCAACCCUGUCAGCUACCAGCAGCAGGCCAGCCAGCAGGUGGCAGCGUCCCAGCGCUCGGGCUCCAGCGCCAUGUACAUGAACCUGGCCCACAUGCAGGCGGCGGCUGCUGCAGGCGGAGCCGUUGGCGGCCUGGGUGGAGCCUCGGCCGUCAGCCCGUCCACCAUGUCCAACUCGGCCGGCGGGGGGGUGAGCUCGAUGGCCGACCAGGCCAGCAGCCAGGCGGCGGCCAAGCUGGCCCUGAGGAAGCAGCUGGAGAAAACCCUGCUGGAGAUCCCUCCGCCUAAACCCCCGGCCCCACUGCUCCACUUCCUGCCCUCCGCCGCCAACAGCGAGUUCAUCUACAUGGUGGGCCUGGAGGAGGUGGUGCAGAGUGUGCUCGACAGUCAGGGUAAACUCAGAGGGACGCUGGGACGCAUGGAGCCCUUCUUCUGCGCUCAAUGCAGGACUGACUUCACCCCCCACUGGAAGCAAGAGAAGAGUGGGCGGAUCCUUUGCGAACAGUGCAUGACCUCCAAUCAGAAGAAGGCUCUGAAGGCGGAGCACACCAACCGGCUGAAGAACGCCUUUGUGAAGGCCCUUCAGCAGGAGCAGGAGAUUGAACAGAGGCUGCAGCAGCAGGCAGCCCUCUCCCCCAGCUCAGCCCCUACAGGCCCCAACGCCUCCAAGACCGACUCCAUGAUCCGGCAUCAUGCUCUCCGCCAGGCUCCCCAGCCUCAGGCCUCCAUGCAGCGCGGCCUGUCCAACUCGGCGCGAGGCGUCUUGUCCAACUUCGCCCAGGCCUCCCAGCUGUCCGUGGCCAGCAGCCUCAUGGGAAUGACCAGUGCCAAGCACUGUGGCAGCGGAGGAGGAGGCAGCGGCAGCAAUAGAAUGCAGCAUGACAGCCGCCGCCAGAUCUACAACAUCCCAGGGUUAAAUAUUGCCUAUCUGAACCCAGCGGCAGUUGGAGCCCAUAAGAGCUCCAGCUUAGCAGACCGGCAGAGAGAAUACCUGUUGGACAUGAUCCCUCCUCGCUCCAUAUCGCAGUCCAUCACCGGACAGAAAUGAGCCCCGCCCAGCCUAUCUGCCCCACUGAAGCCCCCAAUCAUGCCCUCCUACCCCAUACUGAAGCACUCCCAGAUCGACCCCCCCUCCAAACAAACCCCAUCGCAUGCAGUGCCUGUCCGUGUGCCUACCUUAAAUCAACCCAUGACAACCCACAGAGUCGCACAAAGACACUAAACUGUCAUCUCAAAUGUUCUUAUUAUAGUACAACGUUGUUUAACAAUUAUAAUUCCCAUUAUUAUUGCUGUUGGUAGCACUAUUAUUAUACCCGCAACUACCAUUUUUGCUUCAGUUAUGAUUAGUCAUUACGCUUUGUUGUUUUCAACGUUCUUUUGUUUCCUUAACCUUGGGCAGUGUGUCUGAGUCAUUAUAGGGCCGCUUCAGGCCUUUUCUGCGCUCCAUUACAAAGCUUAGAUGGACUAUUGCUAGUAACAGAAGAUCAACGGGGCAUUCUGGUUGCUAUGCAACAUAAAGCGUUGUUACUUGGAAUCACAGCGUGGAAAGUUGUGAUCAAUUGAGAGCAGAGCAUCCCCACCUGUAUCCUCUGGUCCAAGACACCGACACGCCGCUUGGAGUCAGAGCAGCAUCACCAAUGCUGGGGAGACACGGUCGCCCGUCAAAGGUCCUCCUCCCUUCUUCAUUUCAGACCUGCGCCUCCCUUUCAGGGGAUCUGAACAGGUACCAGCGGGAUGGAAGCCUAACUACACAAUGUAGUUGCACUCAUCAGGACGCCACACGGCAGCAAGGAGGGAGACGCGUCUCCACACCCACCCAGUAUUCCCAAGGGGGGGGUGUCCACACAGAGAGAGGUGCAGAUGUUCUGAUCACUACCUGCACCGAAACCCCUCUGGUGAUCCAGUAUGCACAGACAGAACCCCUUUUACCCAGCAGCUCCUCUUGGCCUCACAUAUUCACGUAUAAGUGAAAAGAACUCCAAUCUGAAGGUAGAACUGCAUUUUAUGCACCGAACCACGGAUGUGUACCUGAAACCAACAAGUCUGCCUUCCUUUUAUUGUUAUAUUUGGGAUUCUAAUCUUCUGAUUGUUGCCCCCCCCCUCCUCCUGCCCAACCUUUCUCUCUUUUUUAUAUGGGUAGUUUCUCUGUUGGUUUGUUUGUUUGUUUUUCGGCGUCUCUUAUUGAAAUGGUGGCAUACCUGAGAGGUUUUAGCCCCAGAGACGAUAAUAAUCAUCACAGCUAAAAACAGAAACUGUUGAAAUAUCGGUCUGGAUUAUGUAUAGAAACCUAGCAUCAAAGGGCAAAGAAAAAGGAUCGUGGAUUAUAUGUUUCAUGGGAGAGACAUGGAUUAAUCAUUGUGUGCAAGCUCUGCACAUGCGUCGCCUCACAGAGGAGCACUUUGCAUAUUUCCAAUUGGAAAAGGUUUUGUUUUUUUUAAAGCGGAAAAGAAUGAAUGUUACAAAUGAGACUGGCUACGGUCUGGAUGGCAGCUGAGGGCCGACCGGAGACUCACAGGUGUGGAGGGGGGACGUGCUGAGUCGUGUGGAUUGCAUCAAGGUGUGUUUUAAAGUAAUGACGAAGGGUUUCUUUGCCAGUGCUGAUGUUGGACCCCCCCCCCCCCCGGGGGUGUAUAUAAACACGUGUUCUGUCGGCCCCAUUUUAGCAAAGUUCUUUCCUUUUCAGUGGCGUGCAUUCAAUCAGGGGCAACUGCAGCAACACAAGGCGGCCCUGUCCUCUUUGUAGAUGACCUCAUUAUUUCAGUUCAGUGUCACAUGUUGGCGGGUUGCAUGCAGCCAGAGCGUGCACGCUCUUCACACCACAGUCUAUCCAUUACACUGUAAAUAUUAUCACUCAGAGGCAGAAAUGUUCCCCACAGCUUUAUGUGACGUCAAGGAGACCACCAUUCCCUCCAGCUCUGUGUCCACUCCCAUUCCUGCUCCUCGUGGAGACAGAAGGACACUGGGCCUGCGAUGGGUCUCGCACUUCAUUCUGAAGCUGGCAAAGUCCUGUGUGUGAUUUGGAUCAACCAGUCCAUGCAUGACUGGUGUUAGGGUGACCCGUGUGGUAAGUCUGGUGUAUGUCAGACCUCUUCCAGACAGGUGCAUGUACACCUGUAGUUCAGGGUCUUCAUUGACAGGAGGCCAGCCCUUUUGGAUUCCUUCAGUUGUGUAUUUGGUUCAAUUCCACUUUGAACCCUCUACAACAAUGUGCAUACUUUUAGGACUAAAUACCUGCUGACCAAGUGGUGUCCAUCAUCAGACGCUAGCAUGCUAACAUUCUAAACUGUGGUAGUGAGCGCAGGAAGUCCAGCCAGUCUGUCCUGUAGACGCUAGCAGUCCCCUCUCCUGAAGGGCUGAAAAGCUGCAAUGUAAUGCUCUGGUUUUCUCUUCAUCCUCACAAUUUGUAACAUUUAACAGGAACCUUUUUUUUAAUCCAACUAAUUAUCCCUUUACACUGUGGGCUCCAAUAAGAAGCCUCAUCUUCCCCACACAGCUUUGUCGCUUGAACUCUUCAGUUGUCUUUUUAUGUGCGGUGACGUUCUCUUGUUGUUCUGCGAGUGCUUUAGAGGAAAUCCUAACGGGGAAACCCCAGUGUCUGAGUUCAUGAGAGGACUCCGCUGUGAUUGGUCAAAGUCCCACCUGGCUACACGCCUUCGGUUGACAGCAUCUAAUGACACAGUCGGUCCUUGGAGGGAUCCCUCAUUGCACUGCACCCCUGUCCCUGUCCUUGUCCCUGUCCCUCUGCCUCUGCAUUGCUCACGCUGGUGUUGUGAUUGAUCCGGCGGCCCGUCAGCCCAGUGGAGGUGAAGAGAAGAAACUACCUAGGAUUAGAGUAGGAGAAGGAACGUUUACUCUUGGGAAAACCUCAUUUUCUCCAUUAUAUAAAAGACCUGAAUCAAUAUUCCCUUUGGUGGAACAGUUGAAAUUGGAUGUACAGAUAUAUUUUCAUGAGUUUUUAUUGUCUGGGAUGAAUUUUUACUGCCACUCCCGAUAUGAUUUUAGCAAUGUUUCUGUCACGCCUCUCCUUUUGCUGCCAGGCUGAAGUCUAAGGGGGAAACCCUGUAUCUUGCUCCUCUGCAGGUGCAUCCAUCACUUUGUAUUUGGACUGCAGAGUCUUUCUUGAAAGCUAAAAAUUUAAAUUUGAAGUCAUUUUUUUCUGAUGUCUCAAUUGAGUUCUGUUUCUUUCUAUUGCAGUUUAAAAAAGUAAACAAAUGUACUGACUAUGAAAUAAAUUACACGAUAUUUGCUAGGUUUGAAGUAAUAAUGACUUAUUGUACAUAAGCAUUUUCUCCUCCCUUGUACUGAAAAAAAGAAAUUAAAUGGUUGUAUAUUGUGUAGAAAAGCAAACAAAAAGCCAUGAAUAUUGUGAAGCUUGUCAUUUCGUUUUGUGAUCACUGUGUAUUAUUGUGUAACAAUGUGCAAAAUGUUUGGGAUUCUUUUUUUCCUCUGCUUCUUGACGCGGGGACCAGCUGAGCGUUAGCAGGAAGGUGCUCAUUGGUUCAGGCCGUCACAUCACUUUGAAUGUUCCACUGUAUGCGUUGGAUCACAUGGACCCUGGUGAACUAGAUGUCGGAUUCAGGGUCAGACUGAUGUACCAGUUUGUUGAUAGUUUCUCUCUAAAGGAGGUAAUCCACAUGUGCUUGGCCUUUUGAUUCCUCAUUUGGCUCUCUAUGAUUUGGACUGAGGCAUUUUGACAAAUCCCGGGGUUUAAAUGACAUUUAGAUUGUGGUGUCUCCUCAUAGAGACAUGUCCACCUGUUCAGUGACUGAGGACAUCUGCUGUGAGCAGCAGGAAUAAAAGAUCCUGGACAAAUCCAAUCAAAGCUACAUGAUCCAUAAGCCUGCUCACUAGUGGGGGCUAAUGAGGACAUGUUUUCUAAUGAACUAAUCCAAUCAAAACCAGUGCAUACGUGAAGAGAUCAGUGGUUAUUGAUGGUGAAAGGUCUUAAUCACUCGUUGCCCGUGCUCCCUUUUGUAUACAAAGUUUUCCACUAGACUUCAGAUACAAGCUGUUACAUCAGUGGGAUUUCGAGGAUGUUUGACCCUGAGAAGAGCUGACCCUGAAUCAGCGAUCACUUUUCCUGCCGACAGCAGCAUGUGGGUCCUCUGCUGUUGAAUGCAUCCCUCGCUAAUACAGGGAAACCUUUCAUUUCAAAUCAGUUUUUAUCCCAUUUCCGUUGAGGUUUUGUAUAAUGUGACGAUGCUGAAAUAAACAUCUGGGGGAGCAGAAACCAAGGAGGAAAUUGACCACUAACCAUCUGAAGUCUUUUUUUUUUUUGCUUACAUCAAUCCUGACCUUUUGCACAUACUUGAUAUUUAACGGUCUUCAAAAAAGUAAAAGAAAACAAUGCUCUUUGAAUACUGCCAGUUGACGAUUAUGCAUUGACUGAAAAAAAAUAAGCUAAUUUUGGAGGAAAUAACUUUGUAAUAUUUAUCUCUUGCAAGCUAUGUUUAAUAAAGGUUGAAACAAUUUC